AUGUCUGGACGUGGUAAAGGAGGCAAAGGACUUGGAAAGGGUGGUGCAAAGCGCCAUCGCAAAGUUCUACGCGACAACAUCCAAGGAAUAACAAAGCCCGCUAUUCGACGUUUGGCACGACGUGGUGGCGUGAAGCGUAUUUCGGGACUAAUUUAUGAGGAGACGCGUGGCGUGUUGAAAGUGUUCUUGGAGAAUGUUAUACGUGAUGCUGUCACUUAUUGCGAACAUGCAAAACGAAAGACGGUUACGGCAAUGGAUGUUGUCUAUGCUCUUAAGCGUCAAGGUCGUACGCUGUAUGGUUUUGGCGACACUUUGGAGAUGGCGGUGGUAAUGGACGUUCUGUGGACUGAAGCUCAAGGUAGAAUUUCUAGGACCGUGAAAAUUGUUUUCGAUUAUGCUGCUAUCAUAUUUUUUGGUAGUAUGUAUGCUACCGCUGUCCGUGGCACAGAUAACG